AUACUGGUUCGGGUGUGAAGAACACGUGCUCAGCUUCGGGGUAAACCUCGGGGGAGCCGUCUAGCCGCCGUGUUAGUUCCAUUUCUGGGUCUCGAGGCAGGGCGAGAUCCCGGUUGGUGGCCAGCUUCGGUUCACUUAUCAUGACUCCGUUUGAACCCCGUGAUGGGUGACAUCCCGUGAGUCGAGCUCUACUUCUUAGCCAUUCACGUCGCGAUGAAUCACGGUGGAGCGGAACCCCUCCCUAUGCACCUCGAACUUAGGGCUACGACGACGUCUCCGGUUAGUCUCCGAUUGUUACCUAAAAAACUUCCUUGCCACAAGUCCACAUUCGAUCACGAUGUCUCGACGAGAUAUAAGUAGGCGGGCAACGUUGGCUAUUACCUACCUAACAUUGUCGCCGGAAGAGAAGUUGUAAUCCUCGAGGAGAAGUUUUCUUCACCAUGGAACAGGACGCUCUACGGCGGCUGGCUGAGGCCGAGCGCUUCCCCGACGUCGGUGUCUCGACACCGUACUUGGCGUUAGGGGCUGAAGCUUUUCCCUCUGGACUGGCUUCGCCAGACCCUCUGCUGGGCCCCCGGAGCGACGACUAUUUCCCCCUCGACCGUGUUGCUCUUGCUCAGGCUCUGAGCCGGACCCAGAACCAAAUCGAGAUACAGACGCGGACUGAAGAUAUAACCGACCAUGGCUGCGGUGCCGUUCUGCCUGAUCCGAUGCUCGAACUCAGCGCCAUCCGGAGCCGGCGUCAGGAUAGCGCCGUGCCUGGAGCCCCGGACGAAGAGGCCGGCAUCGUUUCACAGCACCAGGGCCGGCCGCCCGAGUUACCAAACCUCGCCGCCGAGAUCGUCUUUGUGCUCGUCUGCACGGCUAGUCAGUUCAUAUUCGCCCUCAUGUAUGGUCAUGGCACCAUCACGCAAACCCCGUUACGCGACGCGCUAGGCCUCCCGCCGACGCAGACACCUUGGCUUAUGGGUUCCGCGUUGCUGGCGACCGGCCUGUCCGUCAUCAUCGCCGGCUCCCUCGCCGACCUAGCUGCCCCCAAGCCCAUGAUGGUGGGCGCCUUCCUGUGGUCGAGCGUGUGGCACGCCGUGGCGGCGGGCGCGAUAUCGCCGCGGCUGAAGGUGCUCUAUUUCAUCGCACGCGCCAUGCAGGGGCUGUCGACGGGCGUGCUCGCAUCCGCGUCCAUGAGCAUCCUCGGACGCGUCUACAAGCCGGGCGUCCGCAAGACACGCGUCUUCUCGUUGAUGGCCGCCGGUGCCCCUUUCGGCUUCUGGGUCGGCUGCGUGCACGGGGGCGGCUUGAGCGCCCACCUGCCGUGGGUCUUCGGCAGCACAGCUAUAUUCUUAGCCCUAAUCGCCUUUGCUGCGCAGUUGAGCUUGCCCGAUCUAAGCCCCGCCAAGGACAGUCACGACGUCGAUGCACCCUCGUUGCGCCAAUUCGACUACGUCGGUGCGGCGCUUUCCUCCGUCGGCUGCGGCCUCGUCCUUUUCGGACUCACACAGGGCUCGUCGGCCCAUUGGAACCCGUACACCUACUCGCUCAUAAUCGUGGGGCUUGCGAUGUUCGUCGCGUUUGCUUUCGUCGAACGGCGUGUUGUUCGGCCGUUAAUUCCGAACGAUCUCUGGAAGACCCCUGGGUUUGCGGCCCUAUUAAUAGCGUAUUUCCUAGGGUUCGGAGGUUUUGCCGGUGCAUGGCAGUUUUACGCUGUCCAAUUCUGGCAGCGGUACCAAGGGGCAACCCCCCUUACCGUUGCUCUAUACAUCUUGCCUAAUGGUAUUGUAGGUAUACUAGCGGCGUGGAUCGUGUCCAAGACCUUGCACGUAUUCCCAGGUCACUGGAUCUUCCUGGCGAGCAUGAUAUGCUUUGCCAUGGGUCCCGUGUUCUUCCUCCCACAGACGCCUGAAACGUCGUACUGGACACUGUCGCUUCCCGGCGUUGCUUUGGCCACGUUCGGGCCUGAUAUGAGCUUCGCGGCGGCAGCCAUCUUCAUCACGUCUAGUGUGCCGCGGUCGUACCAGGGCUCCGCUGGCGCGCUACUCGUCACGGUACAGAACCUAAGCUCGGCCAUCAUAACGUCGGUAUCGGACUCGAUUGGCGUUAGGGUUGAGCAGUUGCCAACGGGCGAGGUGGGGCUCCAAGGGCUGAAGGCCAUAUGGUGGUUCGGGUUGGGCUGUACGCUGACGGGAGCGCUGAUCACGGCGACUAUGGUGCGGAUCCCUAAGGCGGAGGAGAAGGAACACGUACAUUGAAAGGGAGCCUAAAGCAGUGUGUAAAUAUGACAGGAUGUGUCCAGCUAUGCGUCUAUGGACGUAUUAAGUGGAAGUCUGGG